AUGUCGGCCAUUCCUCCUCCCUCCGCCGAUCAGGACUAUAAGGCGACGCUGUUGCCGUUGCUGAUGUCCAACAAUGUCCUGUCGUUCGGCACCUACGUCUUGAAAUCCGGCCGUGAGUCGCCUUACUUCUUCACCUCCUCUCUCCUACACACUGCGCCGCUGCUGCGCGCCACUUCUGCUGCCUACGCGAGUGUGCUGUCGUCGGAACCGUUCGUCACCACCGCCAACGGCAUCACCACCCCCAACUUCGACAUCAUCUUCGGGCCCGCCUACAAGGGCAUUCCGAUCAGCGCGGCCGUGACCAACGAGCUCGCGGUGCGCGACUCGCUGUCUGGCUCUGACAAGGGUGUCUGGGACAAUGUCAGCUACUCAUUCAACCGCAAGGAGGCCAAGGCCCACGGAGAGGGCGGGAACAUCGUCGGCGCGCCGCUCAAGGGCAAGCGCGUGGUCAUUGUCGACGAUGUCAUCACGGCCGGGACGGCGCUGCGUGAAGCCGUCGGCAUCAUCGAGAACGAGGGCGGUAUCGUCGCUGGUGUGGUGGUCCUGCUGGAUCGCGAGGAGCGGGUCAGUGAUGCUGAGCCCAAGAGCGCCGUGGGUGUGGCGCAGCGGGACCUUGGUGGAAAAAUUCCCAUCCGCUCGGUGAUUGGUCUGCAUGACCUGAUUGAGAAGCUGGGUGACAAGAUCGGCGAAGGGGAGGUCCAGCGGCUCAAGGAUUACCGUGCCCGCUACGGCGCAGAGUAA